AUGCAAUGCCGGUUCACCAUCAUCAUUAUCAUGGUCAUGGUCAUGUAUGUUACGCUGCUGGACGAGCCUCGCCUGCUCCUGCUCGCUGCCAGCCAGCUGAGCCAGCAGCGUGUCCAGUUGCGCGUUCCAGCGCUGUUGCUGCUGCAGCUCGUCUGCGGCUUCCCCACCGCCAUCACCGCCAUCAGCAGCAGCACGGGCAGCAUCAGCACGGGCCUCGACCUCGGCCACGGCGGCCACCAGCCUCACGUACGGGUUGUGGGGCUGUCGCUCGGCCUCGUCUUGGCCGCCAACUUGCUCGUCGCCUUCGCUCACCGUCAAGAACUGAUCAUCAUCGUCGUCAUCAUCAUCAUCGUCGUCGUCAUUGCUAUCAUUAUGGUCAUCAUGAUCGUCGUCGUCGGACUUUGCUCUGGCGUUGUCCUCGUCCUCGCGCUCGUCGUCUCGGUCUCCAAGACCUCGCUGUCGGGCACAUGCAAGUCCUGA